AUGGAAUCCGAAGGAGAAACCGCGGGGAAGCCGAUGAAGAACGUCGGUGGGCAGAUUUGCCAGAUCUGUAGUGACGACGUUGGGAAGACUGUUGAUGGAGAUCCUUUUGUGGCGUGUGAUUUUUGUUCAUUCCCGGUUUGUAGGCCUUGCUAUGAAUAUGAGAGGAAGGAUGGGAACCAAUCUUGUCCUCAGUGCAAAACAACAUACAAGAGGCACAAAGGUAGUCCUGCUAUUCCCGGUGAUAAAGACGAGGACGGCUUAGCUGAUGAAUCUACCGUUGAGUUCAACUACCCGCAGAAAGAAAAAAUUUCAGAGCGGAUGCUUGGGUGGCAUCUUACACGUGGGAAAGGAGAGGAAAUGGGGCAACCCGAGUAUGACAAAGAGGUCUCUCACAAUCAUCUUCCUCGUCUCACGAGUAGACAAGAUACUUCAGGGGAGUUUUCUGCUGCCUCACCUGAACGCCUCUCUGUAUCUUCUACUAUAGCUGGUGGAAAGCGCCUUCCCUAUUCAUCAGAUGUCAAUCAAUCACCAAAUAGAAGAAUUGUGGAUCCUGUUGGACUAGGGAAUGUAGCUUGGAAGGAGAGAGUUGAUGGCUGGAAAAUGAAGCAGGAAAAGAAUACUGGUCCUGUGAGCACGCAGGCUGCGUCUGAAAGAGGUGGAGGAGAUAUUGAUGCCAGCACAGAUAUCCUCGCUGAUGAGGCUUUGCUGAAUGAUGAAGCGAGGCAGCCUUUGUCAAGGAAAGUUUCGAUUCCUUCAUCAAGGAUCAAUCCUUACAGAAUGGUUAUUAUGUUGCGGCUUGUCAUCCUUUGUCUCUUCUUGCAUUACCGUAUUACAAAUCCAGUGCCAAAUGCCUUUGCUCUGUGGCUGGUCUCAGUGAUAUGUGAGAUCUGGUUUGCCAUAUCCUGGAUUUUGGAUCAGUUUCCCAAGUGGUUUCCUGUGAACCGUGAAACCUACCUCGACAGGCUUGCUUUAAGAUAUGAUCGUGAAGGUGAGCCGUCGCAGUUAGCCGCUGUGGACAUUUUCGUGAGUACUGUUGAUCCCUUGAAGGAGCCACCUCUUGUGACAGCCAACACAGUGCUCUCUAUUCUGUCUGUUGACUACCCGGUUGACAAGGUGUCCUGUUAUGUUUCUGACGAUGGUGCUGCUAUGUUAUCAUUUGAAGCACUUGCAGAAACAUCAGAGUUUGCUCGUAAAUGGGUGCCAUUCUGCAAGAAAUAUAGCAUUGAGCCUCGUGCACCAGAAUGGUACUUUGCUGCGAAAAUAGAUUACUUGAAGGAUAAAGUUCAGACAUCAUUUGUCAAAGAUCGUAGAGCUAUGAAGAGGGAAUAUGAGGAAUUUAAGAUCCGAAUCAAUGCACUUGUUUCCAAAGCCCUAAAAUGUCCUGAAGAAGGGUGGGUUAUGCAAGAUGGUACACCAUGGCCUGGAAACAAUACAAGGGACCAUCCAGGAAUGAUCCAGGUUUUCUUGGGGCAAAAUGGUGGACUUGAUGCAGAGGGCAAUGAGCUUCCGCGUUUGGUGUAUGUUUCUCGAGAAAAGCGACCAGGAUUCCAGCACCACAAAAAGGCUGGUGCUAUGAAUGCACUUGUUAGAGUCUCAGCAGUCCUUACCAAUGGACCUUUCAUCUUGAAUCUUGAUUGUGAUCAUUACAUAAAUAACAGCAAGGCCUUAAGAGAAGCAAUGUGCUUCCUGAUGGACCCGAAUCUCGGGAAGCAAGUUUGUUACGUUCAGUUCCCACAAAGAUUUGAUGGUAUCGAUAAGAACGAUAGAUAUGCUAAUCGUAAUACCGUUUUCUUUGAUAUUAACUUGAGAGGUUUGGAUGGGAUUCAAGGACCUGUAUAUGUGGGAACUGGGUGUGUUUUCAACAGAACAGCGUUAUAUGGUUAUGAACCUCCAAUAAAAGUAAAACACAAGAAGCCAAGUGUUUUAUCUAAGCUCUGUGGUGGAUCAAGAAAGAAGAAUUCCAAAUCUAAGAAAGAGUCGGACAAAAAGAAAUCAGGCAGGCAUACUGACUCAACGGUUCCUGUAUUCAACCUCGAUGACAUAGAAGAGGGAGUUGAAGGUGCUGGUUUUGACGAUGAAAAGGCGCUCUUGAUGUCGCAAAUGAGCCUAGAGAAGCGAUUUGGACAAUCUGCUGUUUUUGUUGCUUCGACCCUAAUGGAAAAUGGGGGUGUUCCUCCUUCAGCAACUCCAGAAAACCUUCUCAAAGAGGCUAUCCAUGUCAUUAGCUGUGGUUACGAGGAUAAAUCAGAUUGGGGAAUGGAGAUUGGAUGGAUCUAUGGUUCUGUGACAGAAGAUAUUCUGACUGGGUUCAAAAUGCAUGCCCGUGGAUGGCGAUCCAUUUACUGUAUGCCGAAGCUUCCGGCUUUCAAGGGAUCUGCUCCUAUCAAUCUUUCAGACCGUCUGAACCAAGUGCUGAGGUGGGCUCUAGGUUCAGUUGAGAUUCUCUUCAGUCGGCAUUGUCCUAUAUGGUAUGGUUACAACGGAAGGCUGAAAUUUCUUGAGAGGUUUGCAUAUGUGAACACCACCAUCUACCCAAUCACCUCCAUCCCUCUUCUCAUGUAUUGUACAUUGCCCGCUGUUUGUCUCUUCACCAACCAGUUUAUUAUUCCUCAGAUUAGCAACAUUGCAAGUAUAUAUUUUCUGUCGCUCUUUCUGUCCAUUUUCGCCACGGGUAUACUAGAAAUGAGGUGGAGUGGCGUAGGCAUAGACGAAUGGUGGAGGAACGAGCAGUUUUGGGUCAUUGGUGGUGUAUCCGCUCACUUGUUCGCCGUGUUUCAAGGUGUCCUCAAAGUCCUUGCUGGUGUUGACACAAACUUCACGGUCACCUCAAAAGCUUCAGACGAAGACGGAGACUUUGCCGAGCUCUACUUGUUCAAAUGGACAACACUUCUGAUUCCGCCAACGACGCUGCUCAUUGUAAACCUCGUGGGAGUUGUUGCAGGAGUCUCUUAUGCUAUCAACAGUGGAUACCAAUCAUGGGGACCACUCUUCGGUAAGCUCUUCUUCGCCUUUUGGGUGAUUGUUCACUUGUACCCUUUCCUCAAGGGUUUGAUGGGUCGACAGAACCGGACUCCUACCAUUGUUGUGGUCUGGUCUGUUCUCUUGGCUUCGAUCUUCUCCUUGUUGUGGGUUAGGAUCGAUCCCUUCACUAGCAGAGUCACUGGCCCGGACAUUCUCGAAUGUGGAAUCAACUGUUGAGAGAAGUGACCUAUAGCCAAUUACACCUGUUUUUGGGUGAAAACACACAUAAUUAAAAAAAUUAUAUUUUCAUUGAUUUAUUUCUUCACUUUUAUUUUAUUUUUGUUGUCUGUAAUUUGUCUGUUCGUCUGCGGUGGUGGUCGUAUUUUUUAUGUGUAGAAUUUAAGUGAAAGCGAAUAUUUUUGGUUUCUGUGAUAAGAAUGCAAGAAGUGGUGUUGACUUAUACUAAA